UCUAUUUACGCCGUUGUCAGAGUUGUUGUAUAUGUGUAUGUGGUUAGGAGGUUUAAUUGUGAAGAAUACUUGUUUUGACUGAAAACAAACGGUCUGAUUAUGCACUAACUUCGAAUUAGGCCUUUUCUUUUGGCCGAGACGAGAUGUAGAAGCCACAUUCCUAUUAUCAAACGGUUUCGCAGGGCGAUCUUGCUUGCAACGCCGAUAUGUGGAAUAUAAAUAUGAAUACUAUAUGGACGGGCUCCGUUGUCACGGGCCACUAUAAGCUACGUCUAGCAUGGAUUUGUCGAAGUUCGGUCAUACAGGGAUUAAAUUGAAAAGAUGAUGACAAAUCGUAUUUCGCCUUUGGAAAUCCGAGGAUUUUCAAGAGGCAAUAGCGAGCUGUUACGGCCUCUUCCGGAGAAAGCCGAAGAACCCCUACAGAUGACCUAUGUUGAGACUGUUAAAGAGGCGCUAAGUAGUUUGUACCUAUCUGAAGAUAGCAGUGAAUGCUCAACGCCAGUGAACCAAACACAUCGUACAGACGUUUCAGUAAGCAGCUUGCCAUCAGAGUCAAGCCAUGCUUGGUCUACAACUACGGGAACAUUAACUGGGAGAAGUAGUGUUUAUUCUUGGGGAAAUGAUAAUGAGUUUGAUCGAAAAGCUACUGCAUCUGUCCAAAAAAUGUUUGAGGAAAUUGAUAACAUGUUGUAUGAGGGAAAGCAUUUUGAUGGAGGGGAGGCAUUGAUGUCUGAAUGUGAAGAGUGGUGUGGUCGUUUCCCUCAUUUAAGGAUCCGAGGUGCCCAGAUUUUGCCAUCGAAUGACACUGGUACAGAACUUGUAGCUCUAGAUGAGGAUGAUCCAAGAGUGUAUGAUUACCGACCUAAAACAACAGUUGUUGACAUGGAGUCAGAGGAUCUUGCUGGAUACAUGCAAGAUUUUCAAGGACUUGCUGUACUAGGAAAUAGUGUUGAAGCGAUCUUUGGAGGGGACGAGUUUGCACCCACAGAAUACAAAGAAGAGGUUUUCGCUGAAGAUGGUUGUGUGGAAGAGUACUUUGCAUUUGACAGCUCAGGAAGUUCAGAAGAUUUCAAGAAGAAAGCUUUAUCCAAAAGCCGCCAUCACAUGGGGUAUCCACCGGUCACUCCGAAUGCUGUUGCCACAGAUACUAUCCUAAGUCAAAUAUUUGACCAGCUUUGGGGAGAGAUUAUACUUUGGUUAAGAAAUCUGCUUACUCUCUACUCGCAAAAUGUUUUACGAGGUAGUUUAUCUGAGAAGCAGCCGUUCAUACCUGAAUUAAUCAAAGAAAGUGAAAGUAUGGAUUCAAGACCAGCGUCGAGGGACCCUUUUGCUCGGACGUAUCAAGUUCGAUUGAGGUCCGGCAUAAAGUCCUCGGAUGUGAAUGGGCUAAAUGACUUAAUUACAAUACGGUCGCUACCUCUGAAGCAGAGAACAACAGUUUAUGAAAGUCGGGAAGGGACACCAGUUUGCCAGACACGUCCAGAGUCAAGCAGUGCCAUCAUGACUCGAAGUUCUUUGGGGAGAUUGUUGAGCUGGAGAAAUUCUGAUCAACACAUCAACUCAAGGAUGUCUUCAGCUAAAACGCUACGGAGAAACCCGUCGCUGCGACUUCAACCCAUUGAUCGAUCAAAAACACCAGCACUUCAGGAAAAUGAUGGUAUCGGUGAAGGUGUUCGUGGUACAAAACUUGUCACUGGAAGUGAACGUCUCCCAUCCCCCAACACAACAUCGACAUCUCCUCAACUCUGGGGAGCGCGGAACGGCACCUUGCCUCCGAUCGACAAAUCAGAAUUCUUGGACACACGACCACGUGGAAGUGCCAAGACGAAAGUUCAUUUUAAUUUACGAGCAGCGAGCGCUGCAACGGAUGACUCCAGAAAGUCUCUCAAAGAUAAGGGAGCGGCGCUAAUAGACUCAAGACCGAACACAACACACUCGUUUCGACCACCAGAAACCUCGCCAACACGCAGACAUUCCACGCCGAUGGGUGGUGUCAGCGGUCCUGGUGGUCAAUUACGUCCCGCAGGCUCAUUUGGAUACAGCGGACAAAGCAUGGUAACGGGGAUCACCGGGGUCAGUAUGCCCAUAUCCAACUAUCACCCCUCAACUGAACACGGUAUCCAAGGACAUCAACAGUUGUACUACCACGUGGAAGAUAGUGCCUUGGAUGAAGAAACGGAUGAUUUUGACGAUACAAUACAAUGGAGUCAAUAUCAGCCACCGAGCACGAGUAACACUCGAAGAGGACGUUAUUACAGCUCAAUAAGGUAACACAUCAAGGAAUAUUUCCAACUGACUACCUAAACUCCGUGGUCAGUUCCAGAACACACAAUGUUGUGCCUGUUGUGGUUGCGCCGACUACUGUCGAGUACCCGUGAAUUUAGCGAAGUCUGUGAUGGGUAAAUGAUUUUACACUAAGAACACUACGUCUCCAUAACGGUAUAACCAGCUGUAUUCCAUCCGGACAUCUUCUGUCCGAGACGGUAUGCAUGUAGUAUCACAUUCAAGAGCCGCGAAAAGUCGAAUGGCCAAGGACAGUACACUUCGGGAUUUAAUUACCCUAAAUGCAGGCACGAUGUGAACCGCUGACAUCGAAAUGUGUAAUGGCACAUGGCGCUAGUACCGGCCGACACAACCUCGCGCAAUGGGCGUUAAAUGUGACGUCAGUCUGGCAAUCACUUCGACGAAAUAUCCAAAUCCAAAUUGUGAAGUUGGACCGAUAACCAGAAUUAGGGCAAUUUUCGGAGAUACUCUACAUUGCCCUAAUCAUAACGAGCCUUUAUGAAAGUCUCAACAGGGCGUGCUCUGUAAAUGUAUUUUGGCUACUAGAUGAAGAACAUUGCUAGUGGCGCCUGUAAGUCUCAAGGCAAUUUGACAACACGAAAGCCUAAAGAAUGCUCGCGUUAAUUAUAUAAUGUAAAUAAUCGUUAUCCGUACGAAAUUCACGCGAAACUGCAAAGACAAUGUACAGAUGCAUGUGUAUAUAUAAGUUAAUUUAGCGCGUAAACUUCAAUUAAAGUGCGUUAACUAUAAAUAUAUAUAUUAUUAAAAAAUAUUACCGCGCAUAAUUUCAAACUUCAAAGACAAAUAUAU